UGGGAGAUCAGCAUCACCCUGCACCCCGCCACAGCCCAGGACCAGGACUCCCAGUAUGUCCGCUUCACCCUGGUGCUCGCUGUGCCCCCCCAGUAUCCCAACAAAGCUCCAGAAAUCUCGAUCAAGAACCCGCGGGGGCUGUCAGAUGAGCAAAUUCAAAAGAUUUCUCAGACCCUCAGAAAUGUUGCUGAAGCCAGGCUGGGGACAGAAGUGCUGUAUGAACUGAUUGAGAAGGGGAAAGAGAUUCUCACUGACAACAACAUUCCCCACGGCCAGUGCGUGAUCUGCCUCUACGGAUUCCAGGAGAGAGAAGCCUUCACAAAGACCCAGUGCUACCACUACUUCCACUCCCACUGCCUGGCCCGCUACGCCCAGCACAUGGAGGAGGAGAUCCUCAUGCAGCAGGAGGAGAGAAAGCAGCACCUGGCGCCAUCCCCCAAACAGGAGGUCGGUGUGCAGUGCCCUGUCUGCCGGGAGACCCUGGUCUACGAUCUCUGCGCUCUGAAGGCGGCGCCGCCCCCGCAACACCCACUGCCGUACCGGCCAGAUGCCAAGACACUGCAGCACCGGGAAGAACUGCGCUUAAUGUUCAAGAGGCAGCAGGAGAAAGGGGGCAUCAUCGACCCCGAAGCGGAGAGGAACCGCUACUUCAUCAGCCUCCAGGCGCCUCCAGCUCCUGUCGAUCCAGGCCAAGCAGCCUGCCCCCGAGCUGCCGGGGAGAUGCCGGUGAGUGCAAGCGCUGCAGACGUGCCGCAGCCGCCCAGCCAAGCCUUGGCCCCAGAGCCGGCCGGGGAGCAGGAGCCUGGGGCAGAACCCGGGCGACCUGAGGGGCCUGCUGUGCCCCAGGAGCAACAGAGCAGGAGGGAGAGGCCCAGAGGGGAGAGGCCAGGACCCAGAGGACAGGGCAGGACACCGCGGCAUAGGCAGCCGUGCAGUGGCUUGCAAGAACCGUCGGAGGAAGCCUGUCAUCUGCACCAUGGCUCCAGGGGGACCAGGGGCUUUAGUCAGAGACCGGAGCCCAGACCUGGUGGAAGGCACAGCCAGGAGUUUCCAAAGCCUCACAGCAGGAGCAGGGCUGUUACCUUGGCUGAAAGGAAGGAGUUGUGCCCCGAAGACCCCUCACCUGUAACAGAGGCAGUGGACUUGAAAGAGGAACACCGUGAUGUGGAGAGAUGGAGCCCAGAGGAGGGGGCUGAGGCCCAGGGCAGGGAGAAGGAGAACCUGACAUUUAUCCGCAGUGACCACAGAGCAACUCCUAGCUGGCAGGGCCACUACAGGCCCUGGGAUUGUGGGAGGUGGGAGAGGUCCAGAGUCCAGGACCGUGGUUCCUACCCCAGAGCACCGAGAGGGCGGGGGGUGUUCAGGCCCAGCGGACGACGAGAUGCCCAUGUCCUUGAGAAGGAGAGUGGCUCCUAG